UUACGGCUCACUCAAUAUCCUCUGUUCACACAAACAUAUGAUCAUUUGAUAUAUCAUACGAAUAUCAAACACCAUGUCUACUGCGGCGGUUUCAACUCCCGUCAAGACGCCCAAGGGCCUCGCGGCGGGUGGGCGAAUCCCGCUCACUCCUUCGCCGAUUAAGGCGCUCAAUUUCAAGACCAAGAAGCCCUCGCUUCGACAGAAGACGUCCAAGACGACAGUCAACCAGGGCGGUGACCGCUUCAUCCCCAACCGGGCUGCCAGUUCCGCCAUUGCCAACACGGGAUCCAGCAAGGCCAAUCUUCCCGAUAAGAAGAAGAAGAAGCGAUCCAACCCGAGCAUUUCAGAGGGACCGAUGGCACCCGCCUCUCCAGAGAAUGAAGACGCCUCGGCUGCUUUUGAGGGCUUGAGCAUCCUCGAUGAUGAGGACGACAACUACUCUCGUCCCUCGCCCAAUACCGUGGCUUACCAGGACUCACUUGCCGAUGUCUGCGGUGUGAGCCUCAAGACUCGCAUUCUGGAGUUCAAGCCUGCUCCCCCCGAGUCAUCCAAGCCUGUGGAUCUGCGCCAGCAAUACAACCGACCCUUGCGAACUGCCAGCUCCGGCCAGGCUCGCCGACGCAUCGCUACCGCUCCUGAGCGUGUCUUGGACGCACCUGGUCUGAUUGAUGACUAUUAUCUCAACUUGCUGGACUGGAGCUCCGGCAACCAAGUUGCCAUCGGUUUGGAGCGCAGCGUCUACGUCUGGUCCGCAGAUGAGGGCAGCGUCAACUGCCUCAUGGAGACCACUCCCGACACCUAUGUCAGCAGUGUCAAGUGGUCUGAGGAUGGUGCCUACGUUGGCAUUGGCCUCGGCACGGGCGAAGUCCAGAUCUGGGACGUGACCGAGAGCCAGAAGAUCCGGAGCAUGUUUGGACACGACACCCGCGUCGGCGUCAUGGGAUGGAGCAAACAUCUCCUCUCCACCGGUUCCCGAAGUGGCCUUGUCUUCAACCACGAUGUCCGCAUCGCCAAGCACAAGAUUGCCGAGCUCGUCUCUCACACUUCCGAGGUCUGCGGCCUCGAAUGGCGGGCUGAUGGCGCCCAGCUUGCCACGGGCGGCAACGACAACCUGGUCUCCAUCUGGGACGCCCGCUCUCUGACGGUGCCCAAGUUCACCAAGGCCAACCACAAGGCGGCCGUCAAGGCGCUUGCCUGGUGCCCCUGGAACACAAACCUGCUUGCCACUGGCGGCGGCUCCUACGACCGUCACAUUCACUUCUGGAACUCGACUACCGGUGCUCGCGUCAACAGCAUUGAUACUGGCUCGCAAGUCACCUCGCUGCGCUGGAGCCCUCACCACCGCGAGAUUGUGAGCUCGAGUGGUUUCCCAGACAACACUCUGAGCGUCUGGAGCUAUCCCACGCUGGUCCGCAACAUCGAGUUUCCAGCACACGAGAGCCGUGUCCUGCACAGCUGCCUCAGCCCCGACGGCCAGAUGCUUGCCACUGCCGCCGCUGACGAAAGCUUGAAGUUCUGGAAGAUCUUCGAGAAGAGGGCGGGACCCAGUGCUGCGGCUGCAGCGGCCUCUAGGAAGGCCGACCAUGCCAAGCACAUGACGAUUCGCUAGUUGGCACUCAUCGGAACCGCCAGAGUACAGCCUCAUCAGCGGCAUCUACUCUCUUAUUUUUGGGCGAGGUCUGCUUUUGAAUCGGCGUUGGGGGAAAACGGGCACGUGGAAUGAAAGUGCUUCUCCACGGACGGACACAUGGGAAUGGGUCAAACCAACUGACACGAGCUAUGAGGAUGUCUGAGACAAACGCACGACAGAGAAAUACAUGAAUGGAUUAGGGUAUAUUGCUUGAUGUAACAGUUUUUAGCUGCUGCAUACGUGGAAAAGUUGCCAGCGAUAUUGAUUUCAAAGGAAGGGAACAUGAUGGGCGUUGGAGGCGUUACGGGUGGUUUUGAUUUGACCUCUUUGGAGGUUUG